UACCAAAUUUCCCUUCUUCUCACUCUCCAUUUUUAGAACUCCAGUAAUACAAAUAGGGUUUCAAAAUUGAAUUCUCCGAAACCCUAAUCGGUCUUUUAUGAACGUCGACGACGAGUUUUUCAUGACUUAUGAAUGGAUAUUAGUUUUUUCUCCGGCGCCGUCACGUUAAUCUGUUGUUUUUUCGCCGUCGCUGCCGCUUGUUUGACUCACCGAUCAAAAUCGGUGCGGACGAAGGGCGGAGAGGAUUCCUGCAACUGUGCUUGUUCGCAUGGUAGUUGUGGAGGAGGACGUUUUGAUAAGACUUCGGUUUUGAACGGAGGGAGUAGUGGUAGUAGUGUUUUUGGUGGUUUUGAGGAAGAAAUGGUUGAGAAAGUGUCUGUGACAGUGGCUGCGGAGAAACUGACAGGGGCGUCGAUGAUGGAGCAGCUUGUUCCUGAAAUUACGACGCAUGCGUUGAGCUAUUUGGAUUAUCCGAGUCUUUGUAGGCUUUCGAUGACGAAUUCGCUUAUGAGGAAGGCUGCAAAUGAUGAUAAUGCAUGGAAAGCUCUCUAUCACAAGGAUUUCACAUUGGAGCAGGAUUCUCUGUCUCCAAUUAAUGGAUGGAAGGCUUACUAUGCAGCUACAAGAGCCAUUAUGAAUGUCAAUGCUGAUUUUUUUAAUAUUAUUAGAGAGAGAUCAGUUCCAGCUAUGGAACGUUUUUGGCUCAAUGCAGAUUACGUGAAGUGUUUUCAUGCCUCUGGAGAGUGCUUUACGGGUCACAAUGCAGUCAUUGGUAGCUGGCAACUGGCUUUUAACUGGGAGCAGAAUGUUGAUUUUGAAAUUAGAGACGUGAAGGCAAGAGUGAUGACAGAUUCGGCUUGGGUGACUAUGAAAGCUUAUCUUAAUAUGGGAUCAGGUACCGUGACUAACGUGUUUGAACUCCAUAAUGGGAGAUGGUACAUGGUCCAUCAUCACUGCUCAGUGAUGCUCAUUCAUGGAGGUGCUGGGCAACAAGCUGUGCAGGGAUAGGAUUAAAGAAGACAAACUGUGAAGAAGAUUGAUUAUUCUUUUGAAAAUUGGAAAGUGGUAUAGAGAUCGUUUAUAGUAGAAUUGACUUCCCCGGGAAUCUCCAUAAAAUUAUUUUUAUGUAGUUCCUGCUUCCUUUUUCCAUCGUUUGAUAGUUAGAUAUCACUAGUUUCUUGCCAUUGAAUUUUUGGCUUUGCUAAUUUUCUUGGCAAUACACAUGCACAGUUUGACAAAGUGAAAAUGUCCAAAAUGUUUUUGGUCUGUCUUGUAUCAGAAGGUACGCGUAAUCCUAUCGUCAAGAGUUCUUGACUAUUGCAUCAGA